UAUUUGUUUGGAUUUCUUUUGUAUUUUCCAAUUUUAUAGCGUUGUCCUUUUUUUUCUUCUAUUAAAGCACAUGCUUAUCACUUGUUUCUCAACCUCAUAACUUGCAAACAUAACAUCAAAAGAUAGAAUUAUCAAAAAUGGGAAACUUUGCAAACAGAAAACCACAUGUUGUGAUGAUUCCAUAUCCAGUUCAAGGCCAUAUCAAUCCAUUGUUCAAACUAGCAAAGCUUCUUCACCUUAGAGGCUUUCACAUAACCUUUGUUAACACCGAAUACAAUCACAAACGCUUGCUCAAAUCAAGAGGUCCAAAGGCUUUUGAUGGUUUCACGGACUUUAACUUUGAGAGCAUUCCAGAUGGUUUAACACCAAUGGAAGGUGAUGGUGAUGUUAGUCAAGAUGUACCAACUCUUUGUCAAUCAGUAAGAAAGAACUUCCUUAAACCCUAUUGUGAACUUCUUACAAGACUUAACCACUCUACCAAUGUUCCACCAGUUACUUGCUUAGUUUCUGAUUGUUGUAUGAGCUUUACUAUACAAGCUGCUGAAGAAUUUGAACUCCCAAAUGUUCUCUAUUUUUCAUCAAGUGCAUGUUCUUUAUUGAAUGUUAUGCACUUUCGUUCCUUUGUAGAAAGAGGUAUCAUACCAUUCAAAGAUGAGAGUUAUCUAACAAAUGGAUGUUUGGAAACUAAAGUAGAUUGGAUUCCCGGUUUGAAAAACUUUCGGUUGAAGGACAUCGUUGACUUUAUCAGGACAACAAAUCCAAAUGAUAUUAUGUUAGAAUUCUUUAUAGAAGUUGCAGAUCGAGUUAACAAAGACACUACUAUUCUUUUGAAUACUUUCAAUGAACUUGAGAGUGAUGUAAUAAAUGCUCUCUCCUCCACAAUUCCUUCUAUUUAUCCGAUUGGCCCUUUACCUUCAUUAUUAAAACAAACUCCACAAAUUCAUCAAUUGGACUCUUUAGAUUCCAACCUUUGGAAAGAAGAUACAGAGUGUCUUGAUUGGCUUGAAUCCAAGGAGCCGGGAUCAGUUGUUUAUGUGAAUUUCGGCAGCAUUACAGUUAUGACACCCGAGCAAUUACUGGAAUUUGCUUGGGGUUUGGCCAAUUGCAAGAAAUCAUUUUUGUGGAUCAUAAGGCCUGAUCUUGUCAUUGGUGGCUCAGUGAUUUUCUCAUCUGAGUUUACAAAUGAAAUUGCAGAUAGAGGCCUAAUAGCAAGUUGGUGUCCACAAGACAAAGUGUUGAACCACCCUUCAAUCGGAGGAUUCUUGACUCAUUGCGGAUGGAAUUCAACCACUGAAAGUAUAUGCGCUGGAGUGCCAAUGUUGUGUUGGCCAUUUUUUGCCGACCAGCCAACAGACUGUAGAUUUAUUUGUAAUGAAUGGGAGAUUGGUAUGGAAAUCGAUACGAAUGUGAAGAGAGAGGAGUUGGCAAAGCUGAUCAAUGAAGUGAUAGCCGGAGAUAAAGGAAAGAAAAUGAAGCAAAAGGCCAUGGAGUUGAAGAAGAAGGCAGAGGAGAACACUAGACCAGGUGGUUGUUCAUACAUGAACUUGAACAAAGUUAUUAAGGAUGUGUUGCUUAAACAAAAUUAAGCCAGGAGGUCGUAUCGAAAUUUUUAGGCCAUUACUAUGCUUUGAUGUACUGUAUUUUUAACUAUGUAUUGUUUCAAUAUUUAAUUUGGGUUUAUUGGUGGAUUAUUGGUAAGUGUACCAAAUCGUCAAUCAAAGUAAUAAAUUUCUAAGUUCAUAUUCAGAGUUU